AGUUUGGUGUUGGUGUUACGGGUGUUUUGCUUGGCGUUUGAUCCUGAAAGCUUUUCGCAGUGACCACCUGUGGAAUGGCGUCACGGCAAAUGGAGCUGACCAAUCACGCGCGACUUUCAUUUCAUGUAAAGUCAUUAAACAGAUUUAUCGACUGUGGUCAUAAACUUGGGAAAGAAACUAUGGAGAGAUAUUGAAUAAACUCCAAUUGUUCAUGAUAUCACCAGAAGAAGGAUUUUGAUAAUUUAAUUCAAAGGAACAAGAUCUACAUUUUUUUCUGCAAGAUGACGAGUCGGGGAGGUAGUGUCCCAUUUUUAGUUGGUUUUGCUAUUUUACUGGUGUUCUGUUUUGUAAAUAUUCGACAUGUUGAGGCAAAGGCAGUUGUCUCCCCUGUGUCUUCAAGCAGUAUACAUAUCAUAUCAACAAAGACAUUACCUUUAAAUGAAUUGCCAUCGAACUCAGAUGCUAGAAACACCGUACAAGCGAAUGCACAGGAGUCUACGGCGGUGUCGUCAUCAGGAGAUGGCGAGAAAGAAAAUCAGGAAACGGAUAAUAAGGAACCGGGUAUAGCGAAGCAGGAAGAGCACGAGACUGGAAAGGUCGAAAAUGUCAAGGCAGAAGCGAUUACACCUGAGGAAGCAAAGGAGGGAAAUGUUGCAGAGGCCAAGGCAAACAGCAUGGUAUGCCAAUCUAAACAUUGCUAUAAUGUGGCGAAAAGCAUCAAGGAUGCCCUCAAUACCUCAGUUGAUCCAUGCGACAACUUCUACGAGUACGCUUGUGGGUCUUGGGUGAAGAACAACGACAUCCCGAAGUUUCACUCGCAAUACUCAAGGAUUUCUGAGCUGUCGAACAAUAAUGAGAAAAUACUGAUGCAUGCAUUGAACAACACGGAGCCAAACGACUCUCCGAAUAUAAAGAAGAUCAAGACAUUCUUCCAGUCUUGUAUGAACGUAGACGCUAUUGAUCAUAUGGGGGAGCAUCCGUUAUUACAGCACAUUAAAGGACUUGGGUCAUGGGCAAUUGAUAAGGACUGGAACCCCAAGGAAUGGAAUUUCUAUAACACUCUAGCCAAGAUGCACCGAGAGUACCCAGCCGAAGUAUUCUUUACGCCAGACGUACAUUCCGACCCAACCAAGGCCCACGAUAAGUCAGAGUUCCUUAUUAUGGUUGACCAAGCCACGCUCAAUCUACCGCAGAUUGUCUAUUUCACGAGUCCUAAGAUUGUAAAGACGGUGCGAAAUUAUAUGACUGACGUCAUAUGUCUGGCCGGUUAUGAUAAAAAAGACGUCAAGAGAAAAGUUCACGAACUCCUGAAGUUUGAGGCGAAGAUCGCGCUGAUUUCUGUACCAAAGAUUUUGAAAAAAUACGUCAGGGUGCCACUGAGCAAGCUGAUGAAAGCCGUUCCUGAGUUUCCCUGGAUGGAUCAUCUGAAGAAGCUGUUUGCCCCAAAGGAAAUAACGGAGGACACCAAAGUGAUAGUGCUAGCCAAUGACUACCUACCCAAGCUGUUUGAACUCCUAAGAAAUACUGACAAAGACGUACUAUCUGACUACAUGAUGUGGCGUCUUGUCAAGGACGUAGUCCCAUUGCUGUCAAACAAAUUUAGGAAAGUCCACUUUGACCUAAAGAAGAAGCUGUUAGGUGCAAAACAUGACAAACCACGCUCUACAAAAUGUUUUGGGUACACCAACAACAUACUUGGACCACUAGUAGGCGCGCUUUUCAUCCGGGAAGCCUUCAGCCCCGAGAGCAAGCACAAGGUUGAGACGAUGAUGAAAGGUAUCAUCAAAGCAUUUGAAGCCAGGAUUGACCAAGUCCCCUGGAUCGACAAACACACCAAUGAAGCCGUUCAUGAGAAGGCGGACGCCGUUGUUGUCAAAGUAGGAUACCCCGACUACCUGUCCGACGAAAAGCAGUUUAACCAAAGAUAUGAAAACUUGAACAUAACCGACUCGGUUCACUGGUUCCAAAACGUAGUGGAGACGGACAAGUUCGCAUCAUGGCAGACGUACCAGAAACUUGGCUCCGUCGUGCCCAAGCACCACUGGAUCACAGUACCUCAUCUUGUAAACGCCUUUUACGUAAUCACCAAAAACGAAGUCGUGAUUCCGUCAGGUAUUUUACAGCCUCCAUUCUUCUAUCCUGAUGAGAUACCAAGGUCAAUCAGUUACGGUGCUAUAGGUCACGUGUUGGGCCACGAGCUGACUCAUGGAUUUGACACAACGGGUAGAAAGUAUGAUAAAAAUGGCGAGGAGAUUGAUAAACGGUCAGAGGCCUGGAGUAAAAACGCCACGAAGAUGUUCCACGAGAAAGCCAAAUGUCUGGUCGACCAGUUCAGCAAAUUCAAAGUUCUUGAUAAAUUCCAUUUGAGUGGAACCAAAACUCUAGGCGAGAACAUCGCAGAUGGUGGGGGACUGAAGCUCUCAUUUAUGGCUUUUCGAGAUCUCGAGAAGGAGAAAGGACCGGAAGAGAUCUUACCGCUUUUAGACAUGCCAAGUGAGAAACUCUUCUUCCUUGGAUAUGCGCAGAAAGAGUGUGUUCAUACUACCCCCGCCGCUGAGUUCCUUGCGGCAACAGAAGACGUGCACCCUCCAUCUAAAUUUAGGGUAAUAGGGACGUUAUCAAAUCUUAAAGAAUUCUCAGAAGUCUACAAAUGCAAACCUGGCUCUUACAUGAACCCAGUGAAGAAAUGUGAAGUGUGGUAGACCUCGCUGGCGACAAUAUUAUAUUGUGACGCGCGCUACCGUGUAUUAAGCAACGAAGAAGCAAGAAACCUGUUUGAUUGACAUAAACUGCACUAGCCAAUACAUCAGAGCAUGACGCAAUCCUCCUAAUUAAAUCAGCGCCAAUGUGUGAUUCUCGUUGCUUAUUGGCCAACCUUUGUAUUUGUGGCCACGGUAGCGAACGUCGCACUAGAAGGCUCUAACCUUUUAUAACUAAUGAGAUUUACUAGAUAUAUGGAGAAUACUACAUGGAAAGUGCGCGCGUACGGUUUUUAUUCACGAGUUGUGCAGUAUCAAAAAACGAAUGAGCGGAGCUGAGAACGAGUGAGGUUUUUUGAUACAAAACAUCGAGUGACUUAAAACUGUACAAAGCACUUUCCAUGCUGUAUUUUGUUUAUUACAUACAUACCGAGAAAUUUAUAAAGAUAAUUAGCCUUUUACAUGACAUUUUAUUAGACUUGGUUGCAGAGGCUCCGAGGUUUGUGUUGCUCAACGGUUCAGUUGAAGACAGACUGAAACUUACAUUGAGACUGUAGCUCAUGUUACACGAGUAGUGCACAUUUUAAUCUCUAAAAUCUCGACAUCUAUGAAAUAAAUAAAUUACUAAAUGGAAAAUGCUUGUACGAUUUUUUAUGCACUCGUUGAUGCGUUGGGAUUAUCGAAGCCAUUCAAGUGCAGUGAAAAAAUAUCGUUCGUCCAAUCAGAACCGCGAACGACUCGGUAAAAAAACACCAGUGAACGAACGGAAAUUUACUGAAUAUGUUUUCAGUUAUUAUUUCUCAGUAUGUAUAUAAUAAAACGUAUAACAUGUUCAGACGCCUCACGAAGGACAUGGUAUGAUAUUACACACCAAUCUGAAGCUUAGUCACAUCAAAUGUAUUAUAUGAGCUAUUUCAAAGUCUGGAUAAAUUACAGUAUCUUUUAUGAGUAAUGAGUAAUGCUGUUCCUUAAUAAACACUAUCUACAAUAAACGCUGCAGUUUUAA